AUGAGCAUGAGCAUGAGCAUGGGCAUGAGCAUGAGCGCCUUCUUCGGCGGCCGCGGCGUGCUCGCGCCUGCUCUGGGCCUAGCCGCUCCACCGGCCCAUGACCUCUCGCGCCCCAAAGCCUCGCGACUAACAUCCACCAAGCCAGCCUCAGCCAACAUCGCAUACCACCCAGCCUUACACGCCAGACAUCCACUACCGCUAGAGACACCACCACACUCCCACAUCUCCCGCCAGUCCUGCUCCUCCCCCACGCCGCCUGCCACGACCACGCCCGCCGCCCGAGCUGCCCGCCCCGCCAGCUGCCCGCGCCUGCGUGAGAGAUGGCCACGCUGCUCUGCCCGACGUGGCCGCUUUCUGCUGCUGCUGCCGCUGCUCCUCGCAUGCUACACCCGACGAUGCUGCCCAUCUCGCGCGCCCGUUGUUUCGCCACAUGCAAACACCCGUGCAGCCCAUGGACACCCCUUGCCCCCGCUGCGAGGCGCCUGCUACACGCCCACGACAUGGCCCGUAUACGCCCACACUUCUGCUCCAGUGCGCGCCCACCCCCGUCCGCCCACCGCCACGACGCGUCGCUGCUACUGCUGCUGCUGCUGCUGGCCAUCGCAAUUUCGCCCCUCUGUCCUCGCUGACCUGACCCGACCACACCAAUCCCAACCCCAACCCACGCGCCUCAUGGCAGCCUCACCCCACGAGCCGCGAGUCCAAGACUUCGCAUCUGCCCCGCCGCCCCCGACCACGCCCGACCGCUCGGCUUCCGACUCAGCAGCGCCUCCGCACCUGACGCUCGACACGCAGCUCAAUGGCGACCAGAGCACCCGCGGCCGCUCCCAAACCACCACCACGGCCACGUCGGCCGCUCCCCACAACCCAGACGCACUCCUCUCGCCCGACCGCUUCUCCGUCGACUCGACCCUGCGCCGCCGCAUCACUCGCUCCCACACGGUCAAGCACUACCAGUCCCCCACGCGCCAAUACCACCACCCGGAGCCCGGCGCCGAGCCCGGCGUCGACACCAAGAACGACAGCGAGGCUGCAAACUACCACCAUCUGUACGCACGAUGCCAGAUUACCGUAGUCGACUUUUCCGACGAAAGGGUCGAGUGCCACGAGCUCGACAAUGACACGCUCCAGGACUUCCUCAACUACCCCAAGGAAGACUGGGUCGCAUGCCGCUGGAUCAACGUCAAUGGCCUGAGCUGGGAUGUCAUCCGCACCCUGGGAAACCACAAGCAGCUGCACCGCCUGGCCAUUGAGGACUUGAUGAGCACCCAGAGCAGGACCAAGGUCGACUGGUACUCGGACCAGGCCUUUAUGCUCCUGACUCUCUCCAAGCUCGUACGCACCCCCGUCGACUCCGACUCGGAAAGCGACUCGGAUUCUGACGACGGCGACCGCCGCUACGAGGCCUCUCGCUCGCGGUCCCGUUCGCGCCAUUCCCACAAGAAGAAGCACAAGAAAUCCCGGAAGCCAUCCUUGUUUAAAAGAGCCAAGAACCUGCUCUUUCCCAACAGUGGCGCCGGAGGCAAGACGAAAAAGGACGACAUGAUACAGACGCUCGACGGUCUCGAGCAGCAGCUGGACGGAACGCCUCUCGAGAAAGUCCGCAUGCCCACGCCUCCAGCAACAACCGCUGUGCGCACACUCCAGCGCUACCGUGGCGGAUACAAUCUCGACCGCAUAGUGUACCUGGAGCAGCACUCGGCGCUGACCGAGAAGCACCUCACCGUCAGCGUCGAGCAGGUCAGCAUCUUCCUCCUCGCCGACAACACGGUCAUUUCCUUUUUUGAGCACUCGGCCGACGAUGUCGAAGACAUGAUCUUGAAGCGCCUGCGAACCGAAGACACAAUCCUCCGCCGCAGCCAGGACAGCAGCAUGAUAGUCCAGGCCAUCAUUGACGCAAUUGUCGAUUUGGCCAUACCCGUCGUGGCCGCCUACGAGGAUGCCAUGGGCGAACUGGAACUCGAUGUGCUCGAGGAGCCGGAGCUCCACCACAGCCAACUCCUCUACAUUCUCACAUCCGAACUUUCCAUCCUGCGCAACACCAUUCAGCCCAUUGUCUCGCUCAUCAACUCGCUCCGCGACCACAAGGCAGACCCCAUGACCCAAUCCCUCCUCAGCCACACCAAUUCCAACCUGGCCACCCGCAAGACCAUGACAUCCAUCAACAUCAGUCCCCUCGCCCACACAUAUCUCGGCGAUGUCGAAGACCACUGCAUCAUGAUCACCGCCUCGCUCGACCAAAUGCGCCGCGCAGCCGAUAACCUCAUCGACCUCAUUUUUAACAUGAUGGGUGCCUACCAAAACGAAUCCAUGAAGAUUCUGACUGCAACCACCAUCUUCUUCCUGCCCUUGACCUUUCUCGUCGGAUACUUUGGCCAAAACUUUGCCCGCUUCAACGGCGUCCAACACCACUCGGACGCCUUCUUCUGGAUCAUCGCCGUCCCCGUCAUGGUCGUCACGCUCAUUGUCCUCAUGGCCGACCGCAUCCUGCGCAAGAUCCGCCAUUGGAGUGGGAAGCUCAAGCGCCGAGAGGCAAAGCGGAGGGCCGUGCGCCAUGCCAAAGUCAAUGGUAAUGGCAUUCUGGGCGAUGGCAUUGGCCUGAGUCACGGCGCUGCCAGUGCUGCCAAGUAUAGAGCCAAGAGGCGACAGACGCUAUAUACAAAAGGUAAUAUUGGGUCUUUUUAGAAUCAUGAUUUACAUCAUCUCGAUGUGUCUUCUCCCUGUUCCUUUUUCACACCUUACUUCAUCUUUCUUGUAUAUAACUGUAUUCAUUCGCCUUUGUCUUGAUUUUCUUCGGUCCUAUAUGCACAGGUAGUGUGCAAGUAAUAUGUUGGACUUCUGGAUAUU